UCUAUGGCUGGAUGAUAAGAGUUUUUUCUCCGGAGGUUCGGAGUUUUUUUUCUUUCUAAAAGAUGGCAGUCUCUUUCCCUCGUCUUCCGAGGUGGUUGUGUGGUGGUAACUCCAAAGAGAGAGAUAAGAAAGAGUCCAAAGGGUCUUCUUCACUGAAGAAGAUUUAUAAUAAGACUGGAUCUUCUUCUUCUUCUUCUACUACUGUGAAGAAGAUCAAGAGAGGAUGGAUUGGUAGAGGAGGUGGAGAUGAGGAGAAGAUCAUGGGGAAUGUUUUGUUUCCUCAACCAGAUGAUCCAGAGUGGUCUAUUGGUUGGGUUGAACCACAUGGACCAGGGUUUAAAAGUGAGGAUGAUACUGGUGGUGGUGGCUUUGUGGUUCUUGUUCCUUGUUACAAGAAGUUGAUUGAUGGUUCUGGGAAUCAGAUUCCAGCUGCCUUCUUCUCUCCUGUUGCUCCUGAUGUGAAGAAUAUGGAACAGUGGCUGUCGUCUAUGGGGAAGCUAUAAUAAACUGGAGAUUAGGAAAGAUGAAGACCGUUUCUCUCAUGUUUUUUUCAGUUUCAAAAAUAAGAAUCGAAUAAUAAAAAAGAGAAAAAAGAAAAAAAAAGGCAAUGAUUCGUGGAUAGCUUCUGGAGAAGUCCUUUUGAUUUUCUGUUGCAAGUGAGUGACACCAAAACAUCAAGUCAUCUCUCAAGAAUCUACUAUUGGACAAAGGCGAUGGUGAUGGAGACUUGGCAACUUACAAAGAUUGAAUGAAGAAUGAUGAAUUGAUAUGCUAUGAAUAUGAUAUUUGAUUUGAGUAUUGGAUAUUUUUCUGCUUUGCUUCUGUGGUCGAGAUUAUUGGCUUUGGAAAGAAGAAAAAUAAAUGUUUUUCUGUUGUUCUCUUGUGGUUGAUCAUGUGUAAUACAGUAAUAGUGUAGUGUACAUGUACAUAAGGUUCUGUUUAA